AAACAAACUCGUCGCCUAUCCACAAAGACUCGAACUUCUUCUGUCAUCAGCCCCCCGUCGCUCAUUCCCUCUCCCCUCACACCCCACCUCACCUGGUCCUUGUGUUUUCCCUCGCCCAUUGCCGCCAAACUUCAUCGCUGCAACAACAAAAGGCGCACAAUGGCACCAACCAAAGUCAUUGAGCGCGAGGCGCCAGAAGUAGUGACCAAGUCACACGCGCCGGUGCGAUCGCGUCUCCCUACCGCGCUGCGCGUGCCCAUUCUCAUCAGUCUGAACAUGGGCAUCAACGCGCUGCUGUGGGAGUUUGCCUCAAAUUUCCUGAGCCCGGAGCUCGGGGCCAUCAGCAAGGUGCCGCAAGAGGACGAUGUCACGUCGUUUUACUCGCCUCAUGCGCGUGUCGCCAUGCGCUGGUUGACCGUGUGCAUGACGUGGUACUUGAGCUACGACUUCUACGAUGUCUCGGCCCUCGUUGUUUUGACAUACGCGCCUUAUGCCUAUUUGAUCACCACCUUUUACAACAUCACACCUUUGACUGCCGCCACCAAUAUUUGCAUCGAGGUCAUUUCUUUUGCGCUCCCCACAUACCUUUUGCGCCCGCGCUCCCUCGCCCACAAGGCCAACGCGCCUCUACGCAACCGCUUCUUGCUCAACAGCUACCAAGUCCAACUCUCAAGCUUCAUGCUCGCAACCGGCGUCUACGUUGUGCUUCUAUGGGGUGGCCUGAAGACGGGCGUCUUGAACACGUUCCUCGUCCAAUACUUUGACAUUCCCACGCUCGAAGUCGCCCAUAUCGAGACUCCCCUGUCUCUGGUGGUUAAAACAUUCAUUGCUGGUUUCGCCGCCAAGGCUUUCCUCCUCAAUCCAUCCUUUGCUGCUCAGCCGCUUUCCGAGAAUCAGACGCCCGGCGAGACUUUUGACCCAGCUACUGCCACGCUAUCUCAGACUCUUGAGUACAACUUCUACAACUUUACCCAGAGGACCCGCACUCUGAUCCAGCAAACGCUCAUUCUCAAUGCCUUUUUGUUCAUUGGCACCGUUCAACGAAGUAUGACGAUCGUGGGAACUGACAUUAUUGGCGCUGUUGGAUAUGCGGGUAUGUGGGUCGCAGCCAAUACUCUCAUUGCCCUAUGGUUUGGCUGGGUUGGCGACACUAGCGCGGACUACGAGCCUUUGUAAAGCAUUCCGGGGAGGAUGAGUAAGGGAGAAAAUUAGGUACGGAAAGAAAGGUCCCGGGAAAGGUGUUCCCAUCAUGUCUCCAUAUAACUGUAUUUGUCACGUGUUUUUUAUAUAGGGACACACACGGUCGUGUCGGCGCCGCAUUCGUAGUUUUUGUUUUUUUUUGUUGUUGAUACCAAUUAUUUGUUUCCAUCUU